AUGUUAGCAGGCGGGAAGCUGAAGCGGUAACACGCAGUUCAGUAAGGAAACUGUGCUUGUCCAGUCCUACAAUGUCCCGCAUUCUGAACGGUAUCGUGGCGGUGUGUCCUGAUCUGGGUAUCGGGAUGAAUGGAAACCUGCCCUGGCACCCUGUUCGACUCAAUAACGAAUUCAAACACUUCCGGACGAUGACAGCGACUCCGUCUGUGAAAGGCAAGCAGAAUGUGGUGAUUAUGGGCAGAAAAACGUGGUUUUCCAUCCCUGAGAAGAACAGACCUCUGAACAACAGGAUCAACAUCGUCCUCAGCAGGGAGUGCAAAGUGCCCCCUGCAGGAGCACACCACCUGGCAGCAGACUUCGACUCAGCUCUCAGGCUGGUCGACACGGAGCUGGCAGACCAGGCUGACCAGGUCUGGGUUAUAGGAGGCAGCUCUCUCUACAAGGAGUUGAUGGAGAGCCGGGGGACCAGGAGGCUGUUUGUCACACGAAUCCUGAAGCAGUUUGAGUGUGACACGUUCCUCCCUGAAAUCAGUCCAGACAGAUAUCGCCUGCUGCCAGAGUUUCCAGGAGUGCCACAGGAGCCGCAGGAGGAGAAUGGUAUCCAGUACAGAUUUGAAGUCUAUGAGAGCAUCGAGCAGUGAAGAGGAAAUGGAAAAACAAAAUCUUUGUCAUUUUGUAAACGGGCACCAGAAUGAUGUAAAUUCUGAACUUUAAAUGAUUUUUUAAGUGAUUUGUACAGAUGGAGAUGUAGAGUUGUUUGCAGGUUGAACCCCAUGAGUUAAAAAAAAGUGGCUAACAUGAUCUUUUUUUCUGGCUUUUUCCAGAAAGACCAGCUGAGUAGGUCAGUGUCUGCUCAGAGAAAACCGCUGCAGUUACUUUCUGCUCUGAAGGCAAAGUGGACAAACCACAUAAUAAUGGGGAGCAGAUGUGUGGUUGUGUCUAGAAUCAAAAGCUAACCGUUUGUAGCUUCUUGUGAUCAGAGCAGUCAUUUCACUUGUCAUGUUUUGCUACAUGAUGCUUUGUCUCAGUCCACCUGCCAGUUAUUUGUAAUGGACAAACACUGUUUCAAUGUAUGCACAUAUGCAGGUAGUUGUUGAAUAAAACCUUCAAGUGUAGGUACAAAACUUUAAACUUGGUGUCACAUGUUGAUUUUUUUUUUAUUCCCACUAACCUGAAGUAAUUUUGAUGGAUUUUUUUUUCUUUAAUCUGAAACAAAGGAAUAGAACCACAGGAAGCUACCCUGCCAAGACCAAAGUUAUUUUAAGGGUGAGGAGCUAACCAAUUCACUGCAUCAAGUUAAAACCAGAACAAAAUGUAUUCCAAGUCAGGUCAAACCAUCAUUUAUACCAAAGAGCACUGAGGCACCAGGGCCUAUAAGUUUAUUUCUGAAAAUAUUGCUUCCGUCCUGUUUAUACAAUAAAAUCAUGAGGCAUCUUUGACAUUAGGUUGUGUCUGAAAGCCUCUGAGCUUCAUUGUUGCCAGUGUUGCCAUAUCAAGACUCCACAUCCAUAGUAACUACAGUGCAUCUUCCAGUAUUUCCAAUUUUCUUUUAUUUUCUUUCUUGAACCCAAGAGGGUAGUUCUGCCAGAGAAAGCACAUUAAGCCAAAUAAAUCAGUCAGGAGUUAAUUGCUAAUACCAAACAGGACACCUGACAAGUAACCUAUGAGCACGGUUCCCUGGUUUCGUGGCUCAUUUUGAUCAUCUUUGGUCUUUUAUACAUGCAUGUGUAAUUACUGAGUUUUCUACAUGUUCCUUCUAAGACAUAUUGUGAGCAACUGUACUGUAUAUGCUCAAGAUGUUGCCCCUAUAUCAGUGACACACAGUUUACAUUCAUAAACACAAAAUGACUGUAAAUUAGACUGCAAUUUGCUAGAAUUCUGCUCUGUCUACAUGUAAAUAAACCCCAACUGUUAUUUUCCUCAUGUAUGUGGAAAGUUUUGGAUCCAAUGAAUGCUGUAUAUGUGGACAUAUCUGCAGGAGAUUGCCAGGGGGGAUCCGGCAUGCAGAAAGAUUCUUUCCAAAGUGCCUUUAAAGAGAUGAUGUAAGGUGUGAUGUGGAUAAGAACUUGUGGCCAAAUGCAGAGGGCAGGGAAUAAUAUUCAUGUUAUUCAUAUAUAUGUUUGUAUUGUAUUACUAGAAAAGCUUUAAAGAAAAAAUACUGCAAAGCCUGCUGAAGCUUUUCUGAUUCAUCAAAUAAAUCGUGCGAGGUAGCACAAUCCAUGCAGUGAAGAUGAGUCA